UAUGGGAUUAAAGAAAGAGAAACAAACAAAAUAUACAGAGACAACUUUUUGUUUUCAGCAAAGUAUUCUAUGUACACCACAUGUGGAUGAGGUGUUCUUGAUCUUUUAUGUGCUCUUGGCACUAGGGGAAACUGUUUAUUGUUACUUUUUGGGCUUCCUGGUCGGAGAAUCUAGAUGGGUCUGGUCUUUUACUGAGAUCAUCUAAAUUUUAGCUUCUGUGUUUCGCGAAUGUUAGUUUUUGAGCUCUGAAUCCGGAUGGGUUUGAUCUUGUAGUAAGAUUCUCUCGGUUUGAGCUUCUGGGUUUCACCCAAAGUGGAGCUUUUGAGCUCUGAAUCUGGUUACCACUUUGGCAGUUGUAGGGUUCACCUCCAAAUUUGAAGCUCUUGGUAUCUUUCUGGCUUUGAUUUUUUGUGGGUUGAAAGUUCAUGUAUGGAGUGCCACUGGAUUUGAGCUUUGAUUUCUUGAUGAAACCAAGGUAACUUUUAUCAUCCUCUCCUUUCUGUUUGUACAACUCAAUUUUUUUCUCAUCUGAAAUCGGCUUGAUUGCGAUUUUGGGUCUGACCAAUCCACCCAACUAUCUGACUAUUUGGGUGGUCUUUAUUUCGAUUUCCUGAGAUUUCUACUGUCUACAACAACUGUACUGAUCAGAACCCAAAAAAAAAAAAAGCACUUCUGGAGCAUUUGAAUCUGGCAAGAAUAUAAAAUUGGUAUUGAGUGAAGAAACUGUAAUUUUGUUGGGGGGUUCCCAGUGAUUUCUGUGAGAGGUGGGCCUGAUCAUGGAGAAACAGAACAGUUUUCGGGGAGCGAAUAUGGAAAAGCAGGUUAGUUUUCAGGGAGUGAAAAUGGAAAAACAGAAAAGUUUUCAUGGGGUAAUGGAAAAACAGCAAAGCUUUCGCGGUGGGGGGAUGGAGAAGCAGAAGAGCUUUCGCGGUUUGAUGGAGAAGCAGAAGAGCUUUAGAAUAGCCUUUGAGAAGCAGCUCAGUUUUGGUGGGGACAGGAAGAAAAUAAAAGAGUCGCCCGGAAAACGGGGCGAUAUGCCUCUUCAUUUGGCCGCGAGAGCAGGGAAUUUGAGCAAGGUAAGAGAUAUUUUGCAGAGGUUUGAUGCCGAUGUUGUAAAAGAGUUGAUAUCGAAGCAGAAUCAAGAGGGAGAGACGGCUUUGUAUGUGGCUGCGGAGAAUGGGCAUGCCCAUGUUGUUAGUGAAUUGUUGAAACAUAUAGACCUCCAAACUGCGUCUAUUGCUGCCAAGAAUGGAUUGGAUACGUUUCAUAUAGCGACUAAACAGGGUCAUAUUGAGGUACUAAAGGAACUUUUGCAGUCUUUCCCCAACUUGGUUAUGACCACUGAUUCAUCCAAUUCUACGGCCUUGCACACGGCUGCAGCUCAAGGACAUAUUGAUGCAGUCAAUUUGCUUCUGGAAACCGACUCAAACCUUGCCAAGAUAGCCCGAAACAAUGGCAAGACUGUGCUCCAUACUGCAGCAAGGAUGGGCCACGUCGAAGUGGUGAAAUCCCUACUAAGAAAGGAUUCAGGCAUUGGUUUGAGGAUCGAUAAGAAAGGCCAAACUGCAUUGCACAUGGCUGUGAAAGGGCAGAGUGUGGAGAUUGUGCUUGAAUUAGGUAAACCUGACCCCACAGUUUUGAACUUGGAAGAUAACAAGGGCAACACAGCACUGCAUAUUGCAACAGGAAAGGGGAAAGCUGAGAUGGUUCGCUGUCUCCUCUCCGUUGAGGGGGUUAACAUCAAUGCGAUGAAUAAGGGGGGAGACACCCCCCUUGACAUUGCAGAGAAGUUUGGAAAUCCAACAAUCAUCACCAUUUUAAGAGAAUCUGGGGCCAUGAACUCCAAAGAUCUUGGGAAACCUCAAAACCCGGCAAAGCAACUUAAGCAAACUGUGAGUGACAUAAAACACGACGUGAAGUCCCAACUUCAACAGACGCGUCAGACUGGUUUUAGGGUCAAGAAGAUUGCAAAGAGGCUAGAAAAGCUCCACAUCAGCGGCCUAAACAAUGCCAUUAAUUCAGCUACUGUUGUUGCUGUCCUCAUCGCUACUGUCGCUUUCGCCGCCAUAUUUACUGUACCAGGCCAAUAUGUUGAGGAGCAAACGUCAGGUUUUUCUCUUGGGCAAGCUCACAUAGCUAGAAAAGCGGCUUUCAUAGUGUUCUUUGUGUCCGACAGUGCAGCGUUAUUCAUCUCCCUUGCUGUGGUUGUAGUUCAAACGUCUGUGGUUGUGAUAGAACAUAAGGCAAAGAAGCAACUUGUUUUUGUGAUUAACAAGCUCAUGUGGUUGGCUUGUCUCUCCAUUUCAAUAGCCUUCAUUUCUCUGAGCUAUGUGGUGGUGGGAGCAAAAGAAGAGUGGCUUGCCGUGUCGACAACCCUAAUUGGUAGCGUGAUCAUGGUCGCUACCAUCGGUUCAAUGUGCUUCUGUGUCAUUCGGCAUAGGAUGGAAGAAACAAAGAUGAGGAACAUAAGGAGAGCCGAAACUCUAUCUCGUUCAUUCUCCAUGUCUGUGGCAUCUGAUACAGAGAUGUUGAACGAAAGUUAUAAUAAGAGGAUGUAUGCAGUUUAGGAGGAGAUGAAAAGAUUUGGAGAGAGCCAUCUAUGUCUCUUCUUAUCUCGCGAUUAUUGGCUUUCUGCACUGUCAAGUAUUGAAGGGUGGCUAUACUGAAGGUUUCCUUGGCGCUCUGUGCCUUUCAUUGAAAAGGUCAGAUUUGGGUCCUCGUUUGGUUGAUUGAUUACUAGUCAUGAGCCAUAACAGAUGAGGUGUUCCUACGAAUCACGUAUUCGGAUCUGCACGUACGCCUACAGAUUUGAAUUUUAUGGGCAAAUGUCGUAUUGCACGUUGAUAUAUGUUGAUAGUGUAGCCAAUAAAAUCGUUUAACCAACUGUUUUUUCUGCA